CAGGACUGGCAGUUUGACGAUGGAAACCCUCCUCCCCUGAUGGUGAUGGAUGAGUGGUUCAACCUGCUCAAGACCCGCUUCAAGGAAGAGCCUGGUUGUUGUGUGGCUGUUCACUGUGUGGCAGGACUUGGAAGAGCUCCAGUUUUGGUGGCACUAGCCUUGAUUGAAUGUGGAAUGAAAUAUGAAGAUGCAGUGGAACUAAUUCGCAGCAAACGACGUGGUGCCAUCAACGCCAAGCAACUUUCCUUCCUCGCGGACUACCGGCCAAAGUCACGCCUAAAGUUACGUGGAAAUGGACACAAGCAGUGUUGUAUAAUGUAGACAUGAUAGCUCAUCUUCAUAUUAUAAAUUAUGUUUCAUCUUCUGUGGUCACAUAGGUACACGGUGGCAUCAGAUGUAAAACUAACUGUGAUUGGUGGGGACAAAGGACUGGAGCUAAAGAACUGUAGCAGUAGAGAUGUUGACUUGUGAUGUUUUGGCAGAAUUGGAUAUUGAUCAGUUGAUCAGGGCUGAAGAAUAGCUGUGAUCUGAUUGGCUACUUUAAAUUAAACAAUCAAGUGUAAUGAAUUAAGCUGGUAUAGAGAAUUGUACAAACUUCAGUGUUAACCAGCAUAUCUUUUUUUUAAUAUCAAGUAUAUUGAGGAAACAUUUUUACUACUAAAAUAUUUGUGAUACUAAAAAAAAUGGUCAUGACAUAUUUAUUUCAAAGAUGGGUUUCUGCUAAAUUUCAGCUUUUCUUUCUAUUAAUUGAAUAAAUGUAUGAAUAUUAAAUAACUGGUGAAGCUGCCCUGUCAUACUUUUGGUCAUGUUUUUCAUCUGUUUACUGUUAAAGGGGUAUGGAGGGCAGGUAAAUGAUGGAACCCUUGAUUUUUAAGUAUAUCCGUAUUAUAACACAUCAAAAACAAACAAUAUUGGUUUACCACCAGGAUUGAAUUUGGAUGCAAGGCUCAAAUAUUCUGACAAAGACAUGCCUGAGCAAAUGUAGGCAGAAAUCCAUCUUUAGAUUAAAUGUGUAUAUCCAUGUAGAUAUUGGAUGAUGGAGCAGGAUUCAGAAGACCUCAUCUAUGAUAGUGAUACUGUCUCAUACUACUAAAUGUGUUCAUCCCUUUGUUUCUGUAAUAGACUACUCUUGCCAUUAUAAUUAACUAGCCUAUUUCAUGUGACGGGGUAAAUUAUAUACUGAAAAAUAUCUCUUAAGAGCAGUAAUUCUCCCUAGAGAAAAGGCACACUGAUUAUUAAUGAUGAAUUAAUUUUAAAGAACCUUAAAUAUUACCAUGUUUAAAGGACCAGAUAAUGUAUAAAAACAUAUAGAUUUUAGGAACAGUUGUCUUUAAUGUAAUGUGCAUGAUCCAAAAGUAAAUACACAGUUUAAACACAUGUUUGUACAUGUAUAUGAUGGUGUAUACCUUUUAUAACUAGCAUUUUAAUUAAAGAGAAUUGUUUGAAAUUAUACAAAAAUACCUGUAGUGAUAUGUUAAAGGAACUAUGAACUUUAUCUUAUCCAGUGUAUAUACUAUCUAAAAUCACAUAUUCCCUUAAGGAUAAUUAUGAUUUUGUUAUUAAAUUCAAACACCUAGUUUUAGAAAUACAUGUACCUACCGAAUCUCUAACGAUGAUGCCACAUUUUUCAAGUAUAUAAAUGAAAUGUAGAGACAGUGUUCGUACUAGAUGUGUAAGGUCUUCUGUUUCCUGGGAAUCUGAACAAAGAAUUGUAAUAGCAAUAGAAAGAAACAAGAUCUUUUUUUUGAAAAUGUAGGCACAAAUAAAAAUGAUCAGUGCUCUGACCUGGAUUGAUACAGGGGUUUAUCGGAGGAAAACAGACUUGUCAUCCACAAGAAAUCAUCUUCAGGCAUCAAAAAUUUAAAAUAUCCAAAAUUGAUUAAAGAUGUGUUGUUAGAAAAUGCCGUUUGCAUGUUUGUCUGGAAGUAUUUUGAAAAGUAUUUGAGACUAAUUUGGGAAUGAUCUAUUUAGGCAUUUAGGAUACUUAAAAAAACCUCUGAUAAAUCCCUGGAUUGGGUUUAGGUAUCCCUUAUAUAUUUGUAAAGAGUGUUCCCAGUUUUUCAUUCAUCCCAUUGCUCAGACUGGUACUCAAAGCCAACAUUGAACAAAUCCCUUAAAUUAUCAUAUCAUGCUAGUUAAGGACAAAGGGCAAUAUUACAUUGCUGUUACAAGACAAUGAAUUAAUAUGUUCAUAAUCCUCAAGUCAAUUGAGGGCAGAGAUCUUGAUGUAAAUGGUUGGAAAUCAAUGAUUAGGAGUUAAUUAUUUUUGAAAAUUAUUUAUUGCAUGCAUGUGUGAUUGUGUUCAGAAAAGUGUGUUGUACUAUUUAUAGAAUCUGGCACAUGACUCACUGGUUCAAUAUUUAUAUGUAUAAAAUUUCAUCUAUUGUAAAGAAGGAAUGAAUGAAGAUCAACCUAUCUUUUAAUAACUUUUUUUCCAUUUAUGAGGAAAGAAGAUUGAAAUAUAUUUGGUUUGUACAAGGGUGAUUAUCUGCAUAGAGUUAGCAAGGGAGAUAACUUGUUGUGAUCGUCAACAAUAAGGGAGAUAAUCUAUUGUUUUCACUGUAAUGGGAGAUCAUCUGUAGUUCUCAGUGAUUGAUAACCAAGUUCACUAGCAUUGGAGAUUGUACCUUUUUUAAGCAGGAAUUAUCAUCCAUCCUCUCCUUUAUCAGGGGAGACAAUCCAGUCCAGUUUAGUCAUACAUAGGCACCAUCUUCCUUAGCCAAAUUUAAUGAUGUUCCACUGGCUAAAAUCUCAUUGAUCUUGUUCUCGUCAGGGAUGGGUUUAGCUCCUUUAGGAGUUUGGCUUAAUCUCUGUUAAUCCCAAGUUAAAAAGCUCCACUUAGUAUCUGACUUGUUCCUCUUCAGUUUUAGUGAAAUUUCUAAAUGAUUUGGCUAAGGUCAGAUUUAUUCCCUCUCAGACACUGUUUGGUCUCUCUGGGCAAGCUCUUCAAAAGGUUCAAUAUUUGGGGAUAGGUAAUAUGUCCAGCAUCAGCCAGGCACUGCUUCCUUUGAGGUCCUGUUUUGUUCUUUCAUCAAGUCUGGUAUCUGUCCUACACUCACUGCAUUCCUAAUGUUUCCUAAGCAACAUCUCUCUCAGUAAAACCAGUCUAACAUUCUUAUAUAACAUGUCCUUAAUAACAUCAAGGUGUAAGUCAACAUUUUGAAUUGUGUUAUUUUCAUAAAAAUGAAACGUGAAUGAUGUGAAAUUUGGCAGAUUUGAUAUUAUUAUCAAGUUCUAUGUUUUGUAUGUAGUUCUAGAGGCUCAGUUCAGAAAGCAAAAUGUUGAUUUCACCCCUUACCCGAUACAUCCAGUUGUCACUGCCCAUAUGGUACAUAUUUUUUAUUAUUGUAUUCUCAUGUUUUCAUUAAUUUUCCAAUCAUUCAUCAUCAAUAAAUUAGUUUUUACCAUUUCAGUUUUGCAAUUAAAACAAGAAAUGGGAGGGUUGGGUGAGUUAUCUCCCCUUCACAAAUUACAUGUUAUCUCCUAUGAUUUCACAUCUCUGUGAUAUGUAUACUACUGUAAUUACAUGACACAAUGUGAGACAACUCCGAUUCGUCUCUGAAAAUUACAUGUUCCAAAUAUACUGCCUGUAAAAAGAGAAUUGAAUGGAAACUCCUACUUUUUUGAUUGCAGAUGAAAUGUAAGAUCUUAAAAGCAGUUUGAGUUUAUUGAAAUUGAUAUGAAAUGUCAACUUUCCAUAAGCAUUUAUGUGACAAUAUGAAUCUGAAGUAUUGCAUUUGUAUAUAUAUUAUGCAGAUAUUGAACUUCGUCAAUAAAUAUAAAUUACCAUC